CCUUUUAUAGACUAGAAGAAAAAAAGUUUGUGUCUCUUCAUCACAGAGGAGGAGGCGGAGCAGAGCAGCAGUGAGGAGGAGGAGAAAACGAGGAGCUAGGAUUCUUAAAUGGUUUAUCGUUUGGGAUCGAUAAAGAAAAACAGUGAAGAAGACGAGGAGGAGAAAAAUUAGAAGCUGCUGAGUCCAGAUGCUGGCUGCAGCCCUUCAUCAUGGUCAAUGUGACACCUGACAGCCCUUCAGGUGACCCCCUUCACGACUUCAACUACCCGGCGCUGGUCCUCGGCGUCCUUCUGAUCCUGGUCAUCAUCCUAGGAAACAUCUUGGUGUGUGUGAGCGUGCUCACCGAGCCCUCGCUGAAGACGGCCACCAACUACUUCAUCAUCAGCCUGGCGGUCGCCGACCUGCUGCUCGCUGUGCUCGUGCUGCCACUCUACGUAUACUCAGAGUUUCUUGGAGGCGUGUGGACUUUGAGCACCUUCACCUGUGACGCUCUGAUGACCAUGGAUGUGAUGCUGUGCACGGCCUCCAUCCUCAACCUGUGUGCUAUCAGUGUGGACAGGUACAUCGCGGUCGUGGUCCCUCUGAAGUACAACAGGAACCAGUUCAGCGUCCGUCAGCUGGCGCUCAUCGCUGCCACCUGGCUGCUGUCGCUGGGCUUGGCGAGCCCUGUGAUGUUCGGUCUGAACCAGGUCCCGGGUCGGGACCCGAGCGUGUGCAGACUGGAGGACGAGCACUUUGUGGUGUACUCGUCCGUCUGCUCGUUCUUCGUGCCGUGCCCCUUAAUGCUCUUCCUGUACUACUGGAUGUUUCAGGGUCUGCGGCGCUGGAGCGGGCGGAGCCGGUCCAAAGCGGGCCCCGCCUCUCGCUCUGUUCUCUCUCUGCAUCUCUGCCUGGUCCCACGGCGAGCUAAAACCACGACGGCAGAAAGUCAGGAGAGAGUCCUGUACGCCGCUCCUGACAGCCUCAGUCCCACCUCUCUGUCAACCGUCUCCACGGUAACGCCCACUGUGACCCCUGUGAUGGAGGAGGACAGGGGAGCGGCGCCAGAAAGCGACCCAGUGACGACUCAAGGGGACAGCGCGUCAGAGAGGAUGCGGGGCGGUGGUGAGAGAGAGGACAGCCUGAUGAAGAGGAGCGCCGCGAAGAGACGAAGAAGAAACAAGAAGAGCAGCCGAGUCAGCGGGCGGGAGAGGAAGGCCAUGAAGGUACUUCCUGUUGUGGUCGGCGUGUUUCUGGUCUGUUGGACGCCUUUCUUCAUCGUCCACGUCACCAAGGUUCUCUGUCGGUCGUGUGACAUCGGCCCCACACUCAUCUCCGUGGUAACAUGGCUCGGCUAUGUCAACAGCGCCGUCAACCCGAUUAUCUACACUGCCUUCAACGUCGAGUUCAGACACGUCUUUCACAAGCUGCUCUGCUGUCAGGCAUGAUCCAAAAAAACUGAUUUUAAAACAUCUUAACAGUCUUUUAUUUGUCCGUGUCUUACUUUGAAGGUUUUCAAAUUAAAAGCAUGAAUUGAUUUCAGCCCAGAGACAUAAAAUAUAUAAAAGACGUGAAGAUUUAAAGUGUGUUGAUGUUUUCUUUAAUCGAUUUAAAGGAACAGUGACAAUCAUUUUUUUAAUGAUAAAUAUAAUUAUUCUUCCUUUUGGUGCAUUAAUAACAAAAUUAAAUUCCUAAGAUUAGAAACUGUAAAUAAGUGUAGAAGACAAACAGAAAUAUUGUGUUGAAGCUCAAAAAGAAAGUUUGUCAUGUUUGAGUCUUUGAACAAUAAAAAUAUUAAACGUUUUGUUUGGUUGUUUUUUUAAACAUCAAAUUUCUUUAAAAUCAGUAAACCUUUUUUUUAAAACAAAUCCAAACGAAUGAUUGAAGUAAA